GUGUGGUGUGCUGCGCUGCUUCUCGGCCCUGAUGAUCCUGAGCGGCGUCCUGCCGCCGGGUGUGAAUGGAUGUGACAUCAGUCAACCCAUUUGUGGGGCCCACGCUCCGGGGGACGUGGUCAUCGGUAUAAUGUUGCCAUGUCAUCACAAAGUGAUCGGAAUUAAUGGACGGAUUAGACCUGAAAACUUCCUCUGCUCAGAUUUUGAUCUGCGAUCAUUUCUAAAAUCCUUGGCUAUAAUCCAUGAAAUUGAGGAGAUAAAUGCAUCUGGUUUCCUCCCAGGAGUGCAUCUUGGAUAUAUGAUGUGUGACACAUGCUCAUACGCCAGCAAAGCUCUGCAGGAUGUGGGGCACAUGCUCCAAGUCAACAACUCUCUAAAUGUUAACUGCGACUACACCGACUUCAGGCCCACCGUCAAGAUUAUUUUAGGAGCGCUGUACUCUGAGGAGUCCAUUGCUUUGGCCAGACUGCUAAAUGUGUAUAUGGUCCCUUUACUGAGUGCCACAUCAUCUUCACCCGAGCUGAGCGAUAAGCUGCGCUAUCCAGUUUUCCUGCGCACUAUUCCUAGUGACUCUCAUCAGAUCAAAGCAGUGACCAAACUGUUGCAUCACUACAACUGGAACUGGGUAGGGGUUGUGUAUGGAGAUGAUGAAUAUGGCAAAGCAGCGUACGAGAGCUUCCUCAAAGAUGCUGAGGCAAAUGAUGUGUGCAUAGCCUACCGUAAGGUGUUGCCUCAUAACCUUGAUGACUCAGACCUCAGGGACGGUAUCGAGCAGGUGGCUCAGCAGAUCCGUUCCUCCAGUGCCCAGGUGGUACUGCUAAUCCUCAAGGGAAGUCUUGUGGAGGUCCUCUUUAAGGAAAUGAUCCGGACCAACACAUCAAGGAUCUGGAUUGCUAGUGAUAUCUGGUCCAGGAGUUGGUCUCUUACCCGGAUAGAUGACAUUAACAAGGUUGGGGACAUCUUGGGCUUCACUUUUGUUGCAAGCAAGAGUGAAUCAUUUGAUAAUUAUCUGAAGAAUCUCACAGCAACCCCAGGAGGAUAUAACUACUUCAUUGAAGAAUACAAGAACCUGAGAUUCAACUGUUCCUCUGAAUGUUUGUCAAACAACCCUCCAUCCCAUUGUGCGUCACCUGAAGUGCUGAAAAUUAGAUCUGGAAAUGCAUGCAAUGUCACGGAUCCCCAAGAGCAAAAUGAUGACUAUCUUGUGACAGCUGCUGACACAAGUGAAACCUUCCUCAGCAAAGUCGCUGUGUGGGCCGUAGCAAAUGCUCUCAAGAAGCUCCUGAAGUGCAACAGCUCCUCAUGCUCCGGAGAAAUCAACUUCCCACCAUGGGAGCUUCUCCAAGAAUUGAAGAAAGUUAAUUUCACGUUUGACAACCAGAACUUCUACUUUGACAAAAAUGGUGAUUUUGUGAACGGGUAUAAUCUGAUUUUAUGGGAAAAGUAUGGACAAUACAGACGAUUUAGAAGAAUUGGAAAAUACCAUGUCCUUGGUCAACAAGUAGAACUCGAUGUGGGAAGUUUCACCUGGCUCUCAACAGGCAACAAUACGAAGCCUCGGUCCAGAUGUUCAGCGAGCUGCCCCCGUGGCUGGGUGAAGAAGAUCUUGAACGUAUCCUGCUGUUACAAUUGCACCCAAUGUGCGGAGGGGACCUAUUCAGAUGGACCCGAUUUUAAUGCCUGCAAAAAGUGCCCCAAUGGAACUUGGUCUCUCAAGGGUUGGGAUCACUGCAAGCCAAGAUGGGAUUCCUACAUUCGAUGGAGUGAUCCUCAUCCCAUCACCCAGCUGUCAGCUGCAGCCUUUGGCAUUUUUCUUUUGCUGGUUAUCUUCAUUAUCUUUCUGGUGUACAGAGAUUCUCUGCCUAUGAAAAGAGCCGAGGUGAGGUUGUCCAUUGUGAUGAUGGCUGGCCUGGCAGUGAGCUUCGCAAGUGUGAUGUGCUACAUGGGCAGGCCUAGUGUACACCUCUGUAGGGCCCGCCAGGUCAUGUAUGCCAUGGGCUUCACCUUGUGUGUGUCCUCCAUCCUAGUCAAGGCCUAUCGCACCUUCCUGGUUUUCCUUCCCUUUGGUCAGAUAGUAAACAGGCGGCUACAUAAAUGUUACAACCCACCUGUCAUUGUCAUUGGGAUAACAACUCUCCAGGGGAUCAUCUGUCUUCUCUGGAUGAUCUUAGACUCUCCUCAUGUCAGUCAGAUACCUCCAUCCCCACAGAGCAUGAAAAAUCCAAUCCAGUGUAGUGAGGGUGACACAUACAUAGGUUUUGCCACUAUGUUGAGCUACAUAGCUCUACUAGCAUUCAUUGGCUUCCUCUUGGCCUACAAAGGCAGGAAGGUUCCUCAUGAGUUCAGUGAAACAGGCUACAUCAUUUUUAGCAUGCUGAUGUACUUGUUUGUAUGGAUGUGUUUUAUCCCAAUUUAUAUUACCAACAGGGAAAAGGGCACCCCUACACAGGCUUCAGCCAUUCUAGUCUCCAGCUAUGGCAUCAUUUUCUGCCAUUUUUUACCCAAGUGCUACGAAGCACUUUGUGGGUCAAAGACCGACACACUGGAGAGGAUUCUGAGGAGGUGGAGAGUCAUCUCCAGUGGAAAUGUUGACGCAGAGACAGGCUCAGACACGUACGAUGUCUCUGAUAUGAACAUACCCUCACUAAAGAACAACAGGUUCUCCGUAUCAAGCACGACAACUAUACUGACGGGCGAGGUCAGCCCUACUGAUUCAGAGCUUGUCAUAAUUCCCACACCUGAUGAAAAGACUCAUUCCUAUCCACUGUAUAAUACGCUAGGAACAAAUGUGACGAAGCGAUGUAGGAGUUUAUCCAUCUAAAAAUAGUUUUUAAUUUGUAUGCCACACCAGCGACAGUCAGAGCUGCAGCCAUAAUGUUUUCAGGUUGUCUGUGCGUACAUACAUCCGUCCUUCCCAUUCACAUGGACACGAUAUUUCAGUAAAGCCUUGAAGGAACUUCUUCAAAUUUGGCACAGACGUUCACUUGGACUCAAGCAUGAACUGAUUAGAUUUUGGUGGUUGAACGUCAAAGGUCAAGGUCAGUGUGACCUCAGAAAACACUUUUUAGCCAUAACUCAAGAUUUCACAGAAAUUAUGACAAAAUUUCACACCAAUGGUUCAUAUUGUUGUAACUGUUGCUUCUCAGCUCCACACCCAUUUCUCCCAAAACAGCCUAUAUGAACAAUUCCAGUCCGGUUUCCGUCCCCGCCACAGCACUGAGACAGCCCUGAUAAAGAUCACAGAUGACCUCCUCAUGGCAUCUGACUCCGGUUUGAUUUCUAUCCUCAUCCUCCUCGAUCUGAGUGCGGCCUUCGACACCGUUUCUCACCCCAUCCUCCUCAGUAGACUUUCCUCCAUUGGCAUCACUCACACCCCCCUUCUCUGGUUCCACUCUUACCUCAAUGGCCGCACUCAGUUCAUUCAGCUCAAGUCCUUUACCUCACAGCCCUCCCCCGUUACUUCAGGUGUGCCCCAGGGCUCCGUCCUGGGGCCCCUCCUCUUCAUCAUAUACCUCCUCCCCCUCGCACCCAGCUCUAUCUUUCUAGUAAACCGAACUCCACUCUCCCUCCCUCCUCCCUCACCCACUGCCUUUCUGAAAUCAAAUCCUGGUUCACCGCAAACUUCCUCAAAUUAAACAGUGAUAAAACUGAAUUUCUUAUUAUCAAAUCCUCCCUAUCCAAAGCUGACAGUUUUUCACUCACCAUAGACAGCUCCACAGUGUCCCCCUCCCCACAGGUUAAGAGUCUGGGUGUCAUCCUCGACAGCUCACUUUCUUUCCACUCCCACAUUAAUAACAUCACUCGGUCUGCAUAUUUCCAUCUACGCAACAUUAAUCGUCUCCGCCCCUCUCUCACCCCUCACACCACUGCCAUUCUAGUUCACACCCUCGUCACCUGGCGCAUUGAUUAUUGUAAUUCACUCCUCUUCGGUGUCCCCCACAAAUACCUCCAUAAGCUCCAACUGGUCCAAAACUCUGCAGCCCGUAUCAUCACCCGAACCCCCUCCUUUCACCACAUCACCCCCGUCCUCCAGCAGCUCCACUGGCUCCCAGUCAAAUUCCGUAUCACGUUCAAAAUCCUUCUCUAUACAUUCAAAGCCGUCCAUUCUUUACUCCAGUUCAAAUCAAGACUCAAAACUCAUCUGUUUCAAUCUGCAUAUUCGCUGUAAUUUCAUUGUUUUCUUUUUAACUGUCUGUUGUUUUUAUUAUUUUUAUUGUGUUUUUAAUCUUCUGUAAAGUGUCCUUGAGUGCUGGGAAAGGCGCUGGCAAAUAAAUGUAUUAUUAUUAUUAUUAUUAUUAUUGUAUAUGACUAUGGGAUGUAACCUGAAACUAGUCUGAGUGGAGGAGGCAGACAACCACCAGGAGGUCAUUCUGAAUACCAUGCUCCUUUUCUUUGUAAGAUGUUUUUUUGUAAGAUAUUUUCAGCUGGAAAUCCAAGUAAAGUUAAUUUGUGUG